AUGGGGCGAGCUGCUCGCUGUUGUGCCCUUGGGAUAUCAGAUAGGAAAACCAACAAGUCGCAAGGCAAAGCCCCUCAACAAGAGAGGCGAGCGACACCCGAAGAAGCAACCCCAGCGUCACCGGAAAAAGGGAACUCGUCGAGCGACGAGGAAUCACCGAGAAAUCGGCGACGGGUCGAGACUGUUUUCGCAAGAUCCAUUAAGGACGCUGACGAUCGCGAACUCCCGAGAGCGAGAAGACGCAUCAACGUUGUCCUGACGCAGCUGGAACCUUCAGUCGACGAACCUGAACAACUUUCUCCUCAAGACCUGCACGCUCAGCUAAGCCGCCCGUCACCUAGCGAUCUACGGAACCUCCUCAAGCGAAAGGAGAAACCAGCAGCAGAUGUAGUCAGUCAGGUCCCCGACCUUCGCGAGAAGAUCAACUCCUCCAAGACUCGCCGAUUAAAUAACCCGAGUCCCAUGAAACCCCGCCCCGUAGAUCUGCGAGAAAAGCUCAAUUCCAGGAAACCGGAUUUACGAAGUCAGCUCGAGCGUCCCCUGUACUCUGACCUUCGACAAAAGCUUGAAGCCUCUAGAACUCAGCACUCCAGUCAAGACAAAGACACCGUCAUCAACGUUAUUAUGGGUGGCUCUCCGCCCUGCGGCGAUUCUGUCAGGUCCAUUAAAGACUACCGUCGUCAGGCAACAUCCUCGCGCAAGUGGCCGACAAAACCCGAGAACGAUCAUCAAAUCACCUUCUCGCCCGACGAUGCCCUUGGCAUCCAUAUGCCACACAACGACCCUCUCCUCGUCGAACUCGGAAUCGGCGAUUGCCAAGUCACCAAAAUCCUGAUCGACACUGGCAGCUAUGUUGAUCUAAUCUUCCGCGACACACUCGACAAGAUGGGCAUUGACAUGGGAAGUAUGAAACCGUCAUCCCGCUCUCUUACAGGUUUCAAUGGCUCGUCCGAAGUCAUGGUCGGAACCAUCCGUCUUCCAGUAUACGCAUGUGGCACGACACGGACUGUUAAGUUCUCGAUCGUCGACUCCAAAGCUCCUUACAACGCGAUCCUGGGCACCCCUUGGCUACAUUCGAUGCAGGCAAUCCCGUCGACCUACCACCAAUGCGUUAAGUUUCCGGGAACAGACGGCAAGAUCCGAACGCUACGGGGUGACCAGCAAGCUGCUAGAGACCUGUUGAUCGCGACCAUCAAACUUCAGCGGCAGACAUCGCAUGUCAACACCGUCUCCAACCCUCUGCAGAAGGUUUUCCCCAAACAAGAAGAAGUCCUUGACAUACCUAUCGAUGAUACGGAUCCUAGCAAGGUGAUCCGCGUCGGAGCAUUCCUGCCAAACGACAUGCAGCAGCAGCUCGCCGAGUUCCUCUGCCGAAACGUCUCCACUUUCGCUUGGUCUACCUCCGACAUGAAGGGGAUCGACCCCGCGAUCACCUCCCACGAGCUGAACGUCGAUCCCACUUUCAAGCCUAUUCGCCAGAAGCGCCGAAAACUGGGUCCAGAACGGUCGAAAGCAGUAAACGACGAAGUGGACCGCUUGCUCGCCGCUGAUUCCAUUAUGGAGGUCAAGUACCCGGAUUGGCUCGCUAACCCCGUCGUUGUCAAGAAGAAGAACGGGAAGUGGCGAGUCUGCGUCGACUUCACGGACCUGAAUAAAGCUUGCCCAAAGGAUAGCUUUCCCCUCCCGCACAUCGAUCGUCUUGUCGAAUCGACCGCUGGGAACGCCCUCCUGACAUUCAUGGACGCGUUCUCUGGGUACAAUCAGAUCAUGAUGCACCCUGACGACCGGGAGAAAACAGCGUUCAUCACUGAUAGGGGAACUUACUGUUACAAGGUAAUGCCAUUCGGUCUCAAGAACGCCGGAGCAACCUACCAGCACCUCGUCAACCGCAUGUUCGCCGAUAAACUGGGUUCCACGAUGGAAGUCUACAUCGACGACAUGCUGGUAAAGUCGCUCCGCGCCGAAGAUCAUCUAACGCACCUCCAGGACUGCUUCACAACACUCAAUGAGUACGGUAUGAAACUUAACCCGACCAAAUGCACGUUUGGCGUCACGUCCGGCGAAUUUCUCGGGUACAUCGUCACUCAGAGAGGUAUCGAAGCUAAUCCCAAGCAAAUAUCGGCGAUCCUCGAUCUCCCAAGUCCAAAGAACAGCCGCGAAGUGCAACGCCUCACCAGCAGAAUAGCAGCGCUCAACAGGUUCAUUUCGCGGUCUACCGACAAAUGUCUCCCUUUUUUCGAGUUGCUGCGAGGAAACAAAAGAUUCAUUUGGGACGACAAAUGCGAGGAAGCCUUUGGCCAACUCAAGCAAUAUCUGACUACCCCUCCAGUCCUCUCAAAACCGGAAGCAGGUGACAUUCUCACCCUCUACAUCGCCAUUACGCCUAUCGCCGUCAGCAGCGUGCUCAUCCGUGAAGAUCGGGGAGAGCAAAAACCCAUCUUCUACACAAGCAAACGCAUGACCGAAGCCGAAACCCGCUAUCCCACCCUAGAAAAAAUGGCGCUCGCAGUGGUACACUCGGCGAGAAAACUUCGUCCAUACUUCCAGUCUCACACGGUAGAAGUUCUCUCCAAUCAGCCCCUACGAACAAUCAUGCAGAACGCCAACCACUCUCGCCGACUAACGAAGUGGGCGAUGGAGCUUAGCGAGCACGAUAUCGUAUACAAGAACCGGACAGCAGCGAAGUCCCAAGUCCUCGCUGAUUUUCUGAUCGAGCUCACACCUGAACUCGAACAGGAUCUUGCCGUCUCGUCUCGCAACUGGAUUCUGCACGUUGACGGCUCCUCCACCAACAAAGGAUCCGGCGUUCAACUUCAAUCUCCAACAGGCGAGCUAAUAAGACAAUCUUUUAGCUUCGGCUUCCAUGCCUCCAACAACGAGGCUGAAUACGAGUCCCUCCUCGCUGGUCUGCGUCUCGCCAAAACAGUCAAAGCCAAACGUCUCAGCGCCUACUGCGAUUCCCAGCUCGUCGCCAGUCAAUAUAAUGGCGAGUACGAUGCUCACAAUGCGCGUAUGGACGCAUACCUCAAGCUCGUUCAGGACCUCGCUAAAGACUUCGAAUUUUUCGAACUCACCAAAGUUCCGAGAGGAGAGAACGUUUGCGCUGACGAUCUGGCGGCCCUUGGAAGUAAGCUACACAAUCAGAUCAAGCGGACAAUUCCCAUUCACCGGAUCGAAAGCCCCAGCAUCGCUAAAACCGACGUCAGCACCGCCUCCGUCGCUGCAGUGGCUGUCGAGACGAUAUGGACAUCGAUCCCUCGUCCGACGAAACUCCUGACUGGCGCACCGAUCUGA